CUCCCCCUUUCUGAUUGCAAGCUCCCUUAGGACACUCAUUCACCACCAGUUCCUGAUUCCUUAUCAAUCGUAUGACUUGAACGCAUUGCUCAUUGCUCUUGCACCAAAGAGAGCAUUUAACCGCCUCUACAGAGUAGCAUACUGCGCCUAACCACCAACUCGACUAUGUCAGACUUCGUACUUGUCGGAUCACCCAUCGAGGAGCCACCCAUUGAAGAUAAAACUGCCCGUCCAUCAAUGCAGCCGGGCGAGACAAAUCCCAAUUCACCGUCAUAUCUCGCCUUCCUAGACACCCAUCCCUUUGUUAGAGCUAGCGUGAUCGACAAAAUCUAUGGCUGCAUAGUGGGCUCAGCGCUCGGAGACACAAUUGGGCUGUAUACCGAGUUCCUCCCAAAGAACGCUUGCGAAACAAUCUACAAGUCGAGAAAGUUCAGCUUGGUAGAGCCAGUGACGGAGAUCCAUGCAGACACCCAUCGGUUACGCUUCACCACCUGCUCCUGGACCGACGACACCGACCAAGCCCUCUUAAUUCUCCUCUCCUACCUCCACCACCCCUCCAAGCCCCUCACCCAUCUCCCCCAAGACUUCGCUGCCCGCCUCCAAAUCUGGCUCUCUCACGGCCUGCUCGCACUCUCCCGCCCCCCAGCCGGCAUCGGCCGCCUCGUCGGCUCCGUCGUCACAUCACCCUCCUACCUUGCCUCCCCCGUUGCCGCCGCAACCGCCGCCUGGGAGCGCUCCGGACGCAACGCCGCACCCAAUGGCAGCCUCAUGCGCACGCAUCCGCUAGGCGUAAUCGGCGUCGGGCUCAGCGAAGAGGAGACAUGGGAUGUCGCUGCAGCCGUGAGUCGCACCACGCACGCAGACCCGCGCUGCAGCGUCGCCUGCCUCAUUGUUGUUGGCCUAAUCCGCGGGCUCCUCCGCGGCGAAGUCACGCGCGAAGCGCACAUCGAUGCCCUCGUCGAGCGCGCCUACGCCCACUUCCUAUCCAACCCCUCUCUAGCGGAAGCCGCCACUCCAGAACCCCCGAUCCAUUUCAGCAAGCACGAAUUGACAUCCCACACGUCCGCCCCCUCCCUCGAUGCCCUGUCCCUCGACUCCCCCCGCGAAAUGGGCUACGUAUACAAAGCCCUCGGCGCCGGCAUCCUCUCUCUACGGAUGUGCAUGCGCGCUCGAAUCCCCUCCCGACUCCCCCCACACACGCUCUUUGAAGAUACGAUGACUGACCUGAUCAUGCACGGCGGCGACGCCGACACCAACGCCGCGGUCGCCGGCGCGCUAGUGGGGGCAUAUCUAGGCCAUACAUCCCUACCACCGCAUUGGAGAGAGGGGCUCGUGGACGGGCCGUGGCUGGAGGGCAAGGUUGCGAGGUUGUGUGCGAGGGUGGGCGUUCUUGAAGGAAGAGCUGACAUUGAGGAGGAGCACGAUGAGCAGGCUGAUGGGGGAAAGGGGUUGCUGAGCGCUGCGGAGCUGGAGGCUAGGGACCGGGCGAUGGUGAUGAGUAUCAUGGAGCGGAAGAAGGCGAGGGAGGAACAGGAGAGAAAAGGCAAGGGGAAGGGGUUUGCAGCAUGGUUUGGGAACUGAAGUACCGUGCUACGCUGAGCAUCGGGACCAAAGGUGGAAUAAGAUGAGAAGCCAAUAUUGUACUGCAAUAUAGACUAGAUACUC